AUGGCGGAUUCUGUCAUUCAGCCUGUAUUGGCCAAUACAUUUCGGGAGGACGCUGGCCAUGAAAGUCAAGCCGUCUGUUCUUUGUUCCGUCCACCAGUGCGAAUCCGUGAGGACCAUAUGGGGGCUGACUUUGCCAUCGACGAAAAUUUGCUCGAGCCACCAUGUUACAUAAAACAACUGGCUCCCGAAAUUCUCGGUAUGACUUUUCUGCAUGUCAUGGAUCCCAUGGCUAGUCCACAUGAAGAGCUCCUGGUUUGGCCUUCGGCUACAUUGAAGUCUACGCGAGCGCUCAAGAUUCUAAGGCGCGUCUGCCGGUCCUGGCGCGAGGUCUGCCUGAGUAUGCCAGCGGCGUGCGACACCAUACACGACUGUCGCGGUUCCAACGUUGAGCUCUCCAUCUUGAGGGCGACGAUUGACCGCCGUGUGAUUCCGCUGAACAUUUUCAUCAACCGACAUCUUCCGAGUCCUGCGAUGAUCGAAUUGUUUCAAUCGUAUGGAUCGCGCGUGCGGAAUUUGUAUCUGUGCUUUCCUACGGACCGUUCAUUCGCUUUUCGCGUUACACCUCGCCCGGCUCGUGGCGAGAGAGGCGUCGAGCCACUCGAGCCACAGCAUGUCAAGCUCUCCACAAACUUCCAGGCGCCCGCACUGGAACAUCUCACAGUGGAUUCAUCUUCCACGGAUAGCAGGCCCUUCUAUCCCACCCUUUUCCAGGGCCACGCACCGCAACUGAAGACGCUGGCGUUGCGGUCCUCUAUGUGGCUGCCCGCGAACAGGUUUCCCAGUCUCACGCAUCUGUACGUCUCGCUCUCCUCCAAACGCACUAAUCACUCGCUGCUUCCUCGCGGCUCUGCGUGGACCGUGCCUAAAUUGCUGUCGUUCAUGUCGGGAUGCCCGAGCUUGGAAGACGUAUCUCUUUGGAACGUAUACACGCAGUUGUCCGCGGCGACCGACGCUCCAGCGGUGGAUUUGCCACACCUCAGACGACUCGCAAUCGGUCGGUCGCAUCCAGCGUCGGCCACAUGGCUCCUCCAACAUAUCGUGUCCCCAGCGGAUUCGGUAGCUGUACGCAUCCUCGACUGUUUCUCCAGCACCAGCCAGCUCAAGGAGCUGCUUUCCGCUCUGCCUCUGCUCGAUUCGCGGACUGCACAUCUCCGGAAGACUCCAGUGGGGCUCGCGGUGUCUCUCGUGGGCGUGUCGUCCGCAACCAGCGUCGAGAUCGCACUCCCUGCGGAUUCGCACCCGCCCGAAUUGGGGACGGGCCACGGGCCGCCGCCGACCGUGUGGGCGUCGUGGCCCGGCCUCUCCGGCGUGCGGGAGCUGUACCUCGUAGGCAUGGACUCGCUACUCGAGGAGCCGUUCGCAGGCGUCUCCGCGCUCCUUGAGCAGCUGCCCGAGCUCGCGACGCUCGUCUACUGCGGCACCGCUCUGCCUAGGGCUUUUCUCGAAUACCUCUCGCCGACGUCGCGUGGGCUGCCCUGCCCGGGCCUCGAGACGGUGCAUCUAUGCGUCCCCGGAGUUAUUGCGGUAGAUGUCAAGAAGCUCAAUGGGCUCUCGGAUGCGCGCGCGCGCACGGGGCACGGACUGCGGAGGAUCAUUGUAGAGACCGACGUACUGAUAUCGGACGGUGUGCGUGCGUGUGAGGGGGUCGUGGAGCUGCGCGGGCAAGGCACGCCCUCGUCGAGCGUAUCGUGGCCGGCCGUGUGCACGAAGACGACGCAUGGGUUCUGGCCGCCAUGGUAG